GUUGUGAUCGCGCAAAACCCUUCGAGCUGUCAACCACGACGAGGGAACCACCGUUCCCAUCAACCGCCAUCGCUGUGGACCUCUGCGGUGAAUCCUCAGCCCUACGCAGGCCUCACGACGGACUCGACCUUUUGCUUACAAACGCACUCGCCCGGAAACAAUCCGAGCCUGGCGUGUCGCCGCGAGCUUUUUGAGCACCAAGCCUGCUUCGGCAGCAACGGGUGGUGAAGUCGGGCUCACGCUCAUCGGCGCAAGCCAACAUGGCGUUCCCGCCGCCUCCUCCCGGAUGGGGCCCUCCGCCGCCGCCUCCUUCCGGCCCUCCACCUCCGCCAUCGUCGGCGUUUCCUCCUCCGCCUCCUCCCUCCGCGUCGUCGCUCCCCCCACCCCCAUCGAUUCCUGCGCCGCCGCCUCCCGGCUACGGAUCAUCUAGCGACUCACAGGCGGCCAAGUUGGAACAGAAAAAGAAAGAAUGGCUCCGCCUGCAGAGGAACCGGUUUGGCGAGAAGCGCAAGGGCGGCUUCGUUGAGACGCAGAAGGCAGACAUGCCCCCGGAGCAUCUGCGGAAGAUCGUCAAGGACAUUGGCGACGUUUCACAGAAGAAGUACACCAACGACAAGCGCAGCUACCUGGGCGCACUGAAGUUCAUGCCUCAUGCCGUCAUGAAGCUCCUGGAGAACAUGCCCAUGCCCUGGGAGUCGGCAAGAGAGGUCAAGGUGCUCUACCAUGUCAAUGGCUGCCUCACUCUGGUGAACGAAGUGCCGCGCGUCAUCGAGCCAGUCUUUCAUGCGCAGUGGGCGACCAUGUGGAUUGUCAUGCGUAAAGAGAAGCGCGACCGCAGGCUAUUCAAGCGAAUGCGCUUCCCUCCGUUCGACGACGAGGAGCCUCCGCUGUCCUGGUCCGAGAACAUCGAAGAUGUCGAGCCUUUGGAGCCAAUCCAGCUAGAGCUAGACGAGGACGAAGACGAGCCCGUCUAUGAAUGGUUCUACGAGCAUCGGCCGCUGUUAGACACACCGCACGUCAACGGGCCGAGCUACAAGACGUGGAACAUGACCCUGCGUCAAAUGGCGACGCUCUACCGGCUAAGCCUGCCGCUGAUUACCGACGUCACGGACCCCAACUACUUCCACCUCUUCGAGAGCAAGGCCUUCUUCACUGCCAAGGCGCUCAAUGUCGCACUCCCUGGUGGACCGCGCUUCGAGCCUCUGUACAAGGAUAUCGACCCCAACGACGAGGAAUUUGGCGAGUUCAACGCAAUCGAUCGCAUCAUCUUCCGGAAUCCCACACGCACCGAAGUUCGAGUUGCCUUCCCUUUUCUGUAUAAUCAGCUCCCUCGGAGCGUGCAGAUAUCAUGGCACUCGCAUCCGCAGGUUGUCUACCAGCGGACACAAGACCCGAGCUUGCCUGCUUUCUACUUCGACAAAAGCCUCAACCCAAUCUCGUCGCGCGCUGUGGCCCCCAAGAACCUGGCAGUGAGCCACGAGGACGACGUGUUUGGGCCGGGCAACGACGAGGAGCCCGAGGAGGGUGCAUUUGAACUCCCUCCUUCCUGCGAGCCUUUCCUCAACGACAAGGAGCUUUUUACCGAAGAUACAGCCGAUGCCAUUCAACUCUGGUGGGCUCCCUACCCGUUCGAUCGCCGAUCCGGGCGGAUGGUUAGGGCUCAGGAUGUGCCCCUUAUCAAGCAGUGGUACCUCGAGCACUGCCCUCCUAAGCAGCCCGUCAAGGUCCGCGUGUCGUACCAGAAGCUGCUCAAAAGCUACGUGCUCAACGAGCUGCACAAGAAGAAGCCCAAGACAACUCAGAAGCAGAGCCUGCUCCGAACACUGAAGCAGACCAAAUUCUUCCAGCAGACCACCAUCGACUGGGUUGAGGCUGGUCUGCAGGUUUGCCGACAGGGCUUCAACAUGUUGAAUCUCCUGAUCCACCGCAAGAACCUGACGUACCUCCACCUUGACUACAACUUCAACCUGAAGCCCGUCAAGACCCUGACGACAAAGGAGCGGAAGAAGUCUCGAUUUGGAAACGCGUUCCAUCUCAUGCGUGAGAUUCUGAGGCUUACCAAGCUGAUUGUCGACGCCCAGGUGCAGUACCGACUGGGAAACAUCGAUGCCUUCCAGCUCGCAGACGGUAUUCUCUAUGCAUUCAACCAUGUCGGUCAACUCACAGGCAUGUACCGGUACAAGUACAAGCUCAUGCACCAAAUUCGCUCCUGCAAGGACCUCAAGCAUCUGAUCUACUAUCGGUUUAACGCUGGCCCUGUCGGCAAGGGCCCUGGAUGCGGUUUCUGGGCGCCCGCCUGGCGAGUCUGGCUGUUCUUCAUGCGCGGUAUCAUCCCUCUUCUGGAGCGAUGGCUUGGAAACUUGCUCUCGCGCCAGUUUGAGGGCCGACACAGCAAGGGUGUGGCAAAGACGGUCACCAAGCAGCGGGUCGAGUCUCACUUCGAUCUCGAGCUCCGCGCAUCAGUCAUGGCAGACCUGAUGGACAUGAUGCCCGAGGGCAUUAGGCAGAACAAGGUCAACACUGUGCUCCAGCACCUGUCUGAAGCCUGGAGAUGCUGGAAGAGCAACAUCCCAUGGAAGGUGCCCGGCCUGCCUGCCGCCAUCGAGAACAUCAUCCUGCGAUACGUCAAGGCCAAGGCCGAUUGGUGGAUCUCGGUUGCGCACUACAACCGUGAGCGUAUCCGGCGUGGUGCCACUGUGGACAAGACGGUUGCAAAGAAGAACGUGGGCCGUCUCACUCGUCUUUGGCUGAAGGCGGAGCAGGAGAGACAGCACAACCAUAUGAAGGACGGCCCGUACGUGUCUUCUGAGGAGGCUGUCGCGAUCUACACCACAACUGUGCACUGGCUUGAAUCCCGCAAAUUCUCGCCCAUCCCAUUCCCCAGCGUCUCUUACAAGCACGACACCAAGAUCCUUAUCCUCGCCCUCGAGCGGCUGCGAGAGUCGUACUCCACCAAGGGUCGUCUGAACCAGAGCCAGCGCGAGGAACUGGCUCUUAUUGAGCAGGCUUACGACAGUCCGGGCACCACGCUGGAGCGCAUCAAGCGCUUCCUUCUCACGCAGCGGGCGUUCAAGGAAGUCGGCAUCGACAUGAACGACAACUACAGUACCAUUAACCCGGUCUAUGACAUUGAACCUAUCGAGAAGAUCUCGGACGCUUACCUCGACCAAUACCUCUGGUACCAGGCUGACCAGCGCCACUUGUUCCCGGCAUGGAUCAAGCCCGCAGACUCCGAGGUGCCGCCCUUGCUGGUGUACAAGUGGGCGCAGGGAAUCAACAACCUGGACCAGGUCUGGGAAACCAAGGAUGGAGAGUGCAAUGUCAUGAUUGAGACCCAGCUCUCCAAGGUCUACGAGAAGAUCGAGCUCACCCUCCUGAACUCGCUGCUGCGACUGAUCAUGGACCACAACCUGGCGGAUUACAUCACUGCCAAGAACAACGUCACGCUCACGUACAAAGACAUGAACCACGUGAACAGCUACGGCAUGAUCCGCGGCCUGCAGUUUUCUGCCUUCGUGUUUCAGUACUAUGGCCUGAUUCUCGACCUGCUCCUUCUGGGGCCGCAGAGGGCUAGCGAGAUUGCAGGCCCAGCCCAGUCACCCAACGACUUCUUGCAGUUCCGGGAUAGGGACACGGAGUCGAAGCAUCCCAUUCGGCUCUACACGCGUUACAUCGACCGCAUCUGGGUCUUCCUCAGAUUCACUGCUGAGGAAUCCAGGGACCUGAUCCAACGGUUCCUCACAGAGCAGCCCGAUCCCAAUUUCGAGAACGUUAUCGGAUACAAGAGCAAAAAGUGCUGGCCCAGAGACUCCCGAAUGAGACUCAUGCGCCACGAUGUCAACCUCGGCCGGGCUGUCUUCUGGGAUCUGAAGAACCGACUUCCUCGGUCCGUCACCACCAUUGAGUGGGAGGACACGUUUGCGAGCGUCUAUAGCAGAGACAAUCCCAACCUCCUCUAUUCCAUGUGCGGCUUCGAGGUCAGGAUCUUGCCCAAGAUUCGGAACCAGAAUGACGAGUUCCCCGUCAAGGAGAGUGUCUGGUCGCUAGUCGACAACACGACCAAGGAGAGAACUGCACACGCUUUCCUCCAGGUCACGGAAGAGGAUGUCCAGAAGUUCAACAACCGCAUCCGACAGAUCCUCAUGUCUUCGGGAUCAACGACCUUCACCAAGAUCGCCAACAAGUGGAACACUGCCCUGAUCGCCCUGUUCACGUACUACAGGGAAGCGGCUGUGUCGACAGUCAACCUUUUGGAUACGAUUGUUAAGUGUGAGACCAAGAUCCAGACGCGCGUCAAGAUUGGACUGAACUCCAAGAUGCCUUCGCGUUUCCCUCCGGCCGUUUUCUACACCCCCAAGGAGCUCGGUGGCCUGGGCAUGAUCUCGGGGUCACACAUUCUCAUUCCCACCAGCGACAAGAGAAUCAGCAAGCAAACAGACAUGGGUGGCAUCUCGCAUUUCCGCGCCGGCAUGACCCACGACGAGGAGACAUUGAUUCCCAACAUUUUCCGAUACAUCACCAGCUGGGAGGCCGAGUUUAUUGACUCGCAGCGUGUGUGGACCGAGUACUCCCAGAAGCGCCUCGAGGCAAACCAACAGAACCGGCGUCUGACGCUCGAGGAUCUCGAGGACAGCUGGGACAAGGGCCUGCCUCGCAUCAAUACGCUGUUCCAGAAGGACAGGAGUACGCUGAGCUUCGACAAGGGCUUCCGCGCCCGCUCGGAGUUCAAGAUCUACCAACUCAUGAGGAACAAUCCCUUCUGGUGGACGAGCCAGAGGCACGACGGUAAACUGUGGAACCUCAACGCAUACCGUACCGAUGUCAUCCAGGCGCUCGGUGGUGUGGAGACCAUUCUCGAGCACACCCUAUUCAAGGCCACGGGUUUCGCAUCAUGGGAGGGUCUUUUCUGGGAGCGAGCCUCCGGAUUCGAAGAGUCGAUGAAAUUCAAGAAGCUCACGAAUGCCCAGCGGUCUGGUCUCAACCAGAUUCCUAAUCGUCGCUUCACCCUCUGGUGGUCACCUACCAUCAACCGAGCCAACGUCUACGUUGGUUUCCAGGUCCAGCUUGAUCUUACAGGAAUCUUCUUGCACGGAAAGAUCCCUACCCUCAAGAUCUCACUCAUCCAGAUCUUCCGAGCCCAUCUUUGGCAGAAGAUUCAUGAGAGUGUCGUGAUGGAUCUUUGCCAAGUUUUUGACCAAGAGCUCGAGUCUCUGGGCAUCGAGAGCGUGCAGAAGGAAACGAUCCACCCCCGAAAGUCGUACAAGAUGAACAGCUCAUGUGCGGACAUCCAACUUUUCGCCACUCACAAGUGGAAUGUUACGCGUCCCGCGAUGCUCUUCGACACCAAGGACACGCUCGAGCCGACGACGACGAGCAAGUUCUGGAUCGAUGUCCAGCUCCGGUAUGGUGACUACGACUCUCAUGACAUUGAGCGCUACGUCAGAGCCAAAUACCUGGACUACACAACCGACAGCAUGAGUUUGUACCCGUCAGCAACGGGCCUGAUGAUCGGCAUCGACCUCGCCUACAACCUCUACAGUGCCUACGGCCAGUACUUCCCUGGUCUGAAGGUGCUGGUGCAGCAAGCCAUGGCCAAGAUCAUGAAGGCGAACCCGGCUCUGUACGUGCUUCGCGAGCGCAUCAGGAAAGGUCUGCAGCUGUACGCGUCCGAAAGCAACCAAGAGUUCCUCAACUCGCAGAACUACUCGGAGCUCUUCAGCAACCAGACUCAGCUGUUCAUCGACGACACCAACGUUUACCGUGUGACGAUCCACAAGACAUUCGAGGGCAACUUGACGACGAAGCCCAUCAAUGGCGCCAUCUUCAUCUUUAACCCCCGUACCGGGCAGCUGUUCCUCAAGAUCAUUCACACGAGCGUCUGGGCCGGACAGAAGCGUCUAGGGCAGCUGGCCAAGUGGAAGACGGCCGAAGAAGUUGCAGCGCUCAUUCGGUCGUUACCCGUGGAGGAACAGCCCAAACAGCUCAUUGUCACGAGAAAGGGUCUGCUGGAUCCGCUCGAGGUCAACCUGCUUGACUUCCCCAACAUCUCGAUCCGGGCUUCGGAGCUACAGCUGCCGUUCCAGGCGGCCAUGAAGGUGGAGAAGCUCGGAGACAUGAUUCUGCGGGCAACAGAGCCGCAAAUGGUGCUCUUCAACCUGUACGACGAAUGGCUGAAGAGCAUAUCGUCGUACACGGCCUUCUCGCGUCUGGUGCUGAUCCUGCGGUCGCUACAUGUAAACCAGGACAAGACCAAGCUCGUUCUGAGGCCGGACAAGACGGUCAUCACGCAGGACCACCAUAUCUGGCCGUCCUUCACCGACGAGGAGUGGAUCAAGGUAGAGACGCAACUCCGUGACCUGAUCCUCAACGACUAUGGAAAGAAGAACAACGUCAAUGUGUCGAGUCUUACCAGCUCUGAAGUGCGGGAUAUCAUUCUGGGCAUGGAGAUUUCGGCACCUUCGAUGCAGCGGCAGCAGGCGGCAGAGCUGGAGAAGCAGCAGCAGGAGCAGCAACAGCUCACAGCGGUGACGACCAAGACGCAGAAUGUGCACGGCGAAGAAAUCAUCGUGACGACGACAUCUCAGUUCGAACAGCAAACAUUUGCGUCAAGGACCGAGUGGCGCACGCGCGCCAUCGCGACGUCCAACCUGCGCACGAGGUCGAACAACAUCUACGUGUCGUCGACGGACGGCAGUCUGGACAACACCACGUACGUGAUGCCCAACAACAUCCUCAAGAAGUUCAUCACUAUCGCGGACCUGCGGGUUCAGGUUGCCGGGUAUCUUUACGGGUCGUCGCCGCCGGACAAUGACCAGGUCAAGGAGAUCAAGUGCAUCGUGCUCGUGCCGCAGAUCGGCGGCCUCCGCAACGUGCAGCUCGCGCAGCAGCUGCCGCAGCACGAGAGCCUCCGGAGCCUGGAGCCCCUGGGCGUGAUUCACACCAUGUCUGGCAGCGAGCUUCCGUACAUGUCGGCCGUGGACGUGACGGAGCACGCCAAGCUUCGAGACUCGCAUGUGUCGUGGAGGGAUGCGGAUCGAGAAACGUUGACGGUAACGGUCGCUUUCACGCCGGGCAGCGUCUCGCUGUCGGCCUGGGCGCUGACGCCUCAGGGUUACAAGUGGGGAGUGGACAAUCGCGAUAUCCAGAGCGACCAGCCGCAGGGAUUCACAACCACCAUGGGCGAGAAGCGGAAGCUCCUCCUCAGCCCUAGAUACAAGGGCUUCUUCCUGGUGCCGGAGAGCGGGCUCUGGAAUUAUAGCUUCAUCGGGCCGGCGUUCGACGGGGUUGUGAAGAAGCCGGUGCACGUCAAGCUCGACACGCCGGCGCCAUUCUACAGCGAUGCCCACCGGCCGCUCCAUUUCCAGAACUUUGCUGAGCUGGAGGACAUUUGGGUGGACAGAAACGACAACUUUGCGUAAAGAGGGGUCUAUUUUGUACCAAGUAUUUCGAUGUAUAUCCCCUCGGCAUUCUCUUUGCUCUCUGCUACACGCACUCUCUCUACGCCUAUCGGAUAUGUCUUUUCUGGUUUUUUUCCUACUCUUUUAAUUCUCUUUUUUUUUUUCGGCAAUGGUCGAUGUUCGAGGCCAAGUAGAAAUUCUAGACAGCAGGGGGUUGCAAAUGGAGCGAGACGGAAGCCGGCAAAAGCCGCCGGGUUGUGAGGCUUGACGUUGAGAUGGUUUGAUCUACCUUUCCGAGAUUUUUAAGUUGCCAUGGUGGUUUGAUGGAUGUUGACAAGUUGUGAUGCCAA